AUGGAACAAGUUGAGGUGACUAAGAAGAGGCCUAUGAAGGGAAUGCGCCGGGCGUGCUGGGAAUGCAAGAAACCCAAGGUGGAGCCAGCCAACUCGGUGGAUGCCAGCUCAAUCGCCAGUUUUGGACCUGAAAAGGUAGACCAAAAUAACACUUGCUCUUUGCAUAUUGGAGAGCGACUAUGCAAACUUGAACAGCUUUUUGAAAAGUUCGUCUGUCGAAAAACCUCUCUGGCAAACUUCGCAGCAGAAGCGCCACACAGUCCCACCCUUGUGGAAUCAAGUGACAAAGAGUCACUUCCCGGGCUGCCCAAGAUUCACUUCGAUGCACAGAGUAUCUCCUCACUAGGAGACGGCAUUCGGUCGCUGGCGGCCCUGUUACCAUCGCAGCAUGAUGCAGACAUUAUCUUUGAAUCAUCGAAUGGGUGGAUGAUCCUGGACGGCAUAUACAAGGCCUCUCGCGACAUCUAUGUCAACAGAGAUGCCCAGUCGUAUGCUCUGAACAUGGCUGCCAUUGGUCGAGAGCGGGCCAUUAUUGUAGCUCGGACGUUGCUUCAUCUGGCCAUAUGCAUCAACUCCCUUCCACCCGAGUUCGACCAGUCUCGCUUUGCCAAUAUUUGGUCUCUGGAUGCUACCAUGCAGAACUAUGUUACCAACGUCACCACCCUGAUCACUUCCUCAGACGAACUUAUGCUGACUCUCCAUGGCCUCGAAACACUCUUGCUGCUUGCGCUCUUCCACAUGAACUCUGCAAAUCUAAGGCAAGCAUGGCUCAUCAUCCGACGAGGUCUGAAUUUGGCUCACCUCAUGGGUUUCCAUCGCAUCAUCGCGCAACCAGACCUGAAUCCACCGGUUCCAGCAAUCACCAACGCAAAGAUGAUAUGGCGCACCUAUGUUGAUCUGGAUAGAUACAUUGGAGUACACCUGCGUCUUCCCUUCGCAGCAGACGACUACCCAGUUCCAGCAGACGCAGAGCUACAGGUACAUCACAGGUCCAACAUCAACAAGCUGGCGAGGCAGGUUGCCGAACUUGACCGAGAUAUUUCGCCACAGGGAUACGCCUCCGCCCUUGCACUCGACGAGAAGCUGGAGGCCAGCAUGAAAAAAAUGCCGAAAGACUUCUGGGAGGUACCAAACAUACCAUCGACUGCGCGGUCCCCAGAGUCUUACGCGACGCUAGAAAGAUUGAUGGUGCAAAUGUGGCAUUUUGAAAUGAAGGUCUUUAUUCACUUGCCAUACCUCUUGCGGGCUCCCAGAGAUGGUCGGUACGAAUACUCCAAGGUCACAGCUCUGCAAGCCAGUCGGAACAUGCUCAUGAGGUGGUUCGCCCUGCGCAACGCAAACAUAACUCAGGCUUGCUGUCGAUUUGCUGAGAUUGGCGUGUUCAUCGCCGCAGUAACGCUGACGCUGGACAUUGUGAUCGAGCUGGGAACCAAGGAGAAGAGCGAGGUGCAGAAGAUGAAGGGUACGGACUUUGCCAUGCUUUGCCGCCUCAUUGGUGAGAUGGAGAAGCUGGCCAAGGCGAGUCCGCGGGAGAAGAUUGCCGCACGCAGCGCCGUCGUACUCAAGAAGAUGCUGUCUUCGCUCGACCCAAGCAGACAACCUGCCGGUAAAGCUCGUCUGACAAUCCCUUUCUUCGGCACCAUUGAGUUCGACUACAAGAAGCUGCCUGUGAGGCCCAACUUCGACCUCGAUUCCGAGACGGGCAAAAAGAUGAACGCUACUGCCACUGGUCAGCAUCUACCAGUAUUUUCUUUUGUUAGCAAUGCGCUGUGGCCGCCGUUGGAGAAAGGACACGAGGUGGGCCUCGACUGGGAUAUUGUUCUAUUUGAUGGACUCGAAGAUAGGGACCUGGAGGGCAAUUGGGUAUUUUGA